UGGUCUUCGCAAUCUGUUAAGUCUCUUUUCUUUAGUAGGGGUAUGUAGACUGACCUCUUCCAAUCUGUUGGUCUCUAGGCAUCUUAGAGUUCUUAGAUCUCCUUGGGGACAGAAUCCAGCUGCAGGACUUCCGCGGAUUCCGAGGUGGCUUGGAUGUUACGAGAGGUCAGACAGGAACAGAGUCUGUCUGCACCAAUUUCCGGGGCAAGGAGAGCAUGUUCCAUGUCUCUACAAAGCUACCCUUCACAGAGGGAGAUGCCCAGCAGCUUCAGCGGAAGCGCCACAUUGGGAACGAUAUUGUGGCCAUUGUCUUCCAGGAUGAAAAUACUCCCUUUGUCCCUGACAUGAUUGCCUCCAAUUUCCUGCAUGCCUAUGUGGUAGUGCAGCUUCAUCACCAUGCCCUUGGGGAGACUCUCUACAAGGAGCGGACCCGCAGUGCUCUUCUCGAGAGUCUUUAUGAGGAGCUGCAGAUCCAGAGAUGCAGUAUGAUGGGCUUGGCCUCUGGAGAUGAUGACAAGAUAGAGAAUGGGGGUGGUGGCUUCUUUGAGAAUUUCAAGCGGGUGAUCCGGGGCCGUAGCCAGAGCCUGGAUACCAUGGGGAUAGCCGUGAGGAAGCAGCAGCAGCAGCCGCCAUCCACUCCGCCCAGCCGCCCGGCUACUGCUGGUCUGGCUCUCAACCAGAGUGUCGCCGAGGGCCCCAAGGCCAUUGCUGCGUCCUUUGCCCUGCCUGGGAGAAGCCCGUCGCGCAACCGGGGCAGCCGCUUCAAUGGGAGACACAGUAGUGCCAUUGGCAUUGAGAACAUCCAAGAGGAGAAGAGGUAUGACGUUGCUGAAAGAAUACAGAAGAUACUGGAGAGUCCAGGACCCUUCUUUGACCUCAAGUCAGAUGGUUCCUCCAGUCCCAGUUCCCCAGAAUUCCCUAACAGGAAGUGCAACAGAAUCCCCUCCAGCCAGACAUCCGAAUAUUGUGUGAUGCAGCCCCUGUCCCACUCCUCAUCCAAUGUGAGGAGCUGUUGCAGAAGAGUGAGUGAAAAUGGAAUGUCUGAGGAGGAGGAGAUUGAGGCGGUCCCCAGAAGCAGGACACGCUGGCUCAGAGUGCGUGGUUGGACGAUAAUGUCUGUACACCCAGCAGUACCAGCUCACCAGUUACUCGUCUGCUCCCUUCCGGCAGCGGUGCAGGCUCCAUGGAGAAGGGGAAAGGUGGCAAAGUGGAUGCUCAGCAUUACAGCCCAUUCAAGAGAAAUCUAUUCAACGCAUUGAGAUUAUUGUUAUUCCUUCUUAU